UGUGUUAUUGAGUGAUGGUAUCAAUAUCAACGUUAAUUUGAAGUAGCUAAAAUGAAAGCAUUCAGGGAUUGACCAUACCUAGCAAGCGACAUCAAUUUUUCUUCAGCCGCGUAGUGAUUUGCAACCAUCAUCAUCUUGUCUGAAAUGGGCUCUAUCGAUAAUUUAAUGAUGAGGCAUUGUAACUUUGAAUGGACGGAGGAAUACGAGUUGGAGUUUUUCGUUUCUCUUAUAGGGCAAGAGAAGCGACGUAAAGGCAAUUACAUGUUAUCGCCCCAGAAAGAAUACCGCAAUGAACUUGUGCUUUGGAUGAAGAGCGUGUGCAAGGAGUUCAAUUUCAACCUACUGACUUUGCACCUGGCCUGUUACAUACUAGACUCGUUUAUGGAUGAGCAUGAGAUCAGACCUUUUCGAUUAAGGCUAGUUGCCACAGCAGCUCUUUCUAUCGCAGCCAAGUUUGAAGAAAAAACGUCCGAUGUUCCCACCUUUAAUGAAAUGUUCAUCAUUGAGAAUCCACAUAAUAUGGAGCAGGCUAUUUCUAAGGAUGUAAUUUUCCAGAUUGAGUUACGGGUUUUCCGUUACUUGGAUUGGAAUCUGCACGUACCGACAGUCGCUCACUUUGUCUACUUCUUCCUUGUCACUGGGCUGACUGAGGCCGAUUUUAACCAAAGGCCAGAGUUCACUGAAAAUGAGCUAAGAUUGGCCCUGCGGGACCAUCUUCAGGAAAUGCUUGACCACAUGCUACUCGAUUUGUGGUCGCUUAAAGUUUCCCCAUCUUGGAUGGCCUCGGUCUGCUUCAUUAAGGCUCGCCAUCAUUUGGGCUUGCAUCCAGUUUGGCCUCUGAAGUUUGAGGAGCUAACAAAGCUGAGCAUAAUCAACCUUCAACCUGCCUUUAAGAUAGCUCAAAGAUAUGAUAAAUUGCUUGUGUAUCAACUUGAAGAAAGCUCACCGAACGACUCUGGCUACAGAAGUGCGUUUUCAACACCAGAUUCCUUACCACCUCAGGAAACGAGUGGAACAGCUUGCUCAACCAGUGUCAGAAAUACGCAGUUUUGCCCCAUGUCUCAAGAACAGAGUCCGUCAGUCACUGCUAGAUCCUCGGGGGAUAGCGGUGAUUGCGUUCAUCGUCGAGUACUCUUUGAUGAUUGUGAAAUGAAGUGAGUGCGUCAGAAAAUUAAAGGAGAUCAGUCACUAAUAAUUAUUACUAAAGACUGAAAGUACUAGUUAAGAACUGUGUCUUACGGUUAUUCCACGUGAUUUAGAAUCAUGAACUACUUUGCCUCUUUUAGGUAUGAUUGACUGAUAAUUUUACGCCUUGUCUGUAGUAUAAUUGCCUUUUAGACACUUUAGGGCGUUUUUUUGCCAGUCGCACCAAGCAGUUCAGUCAUUUUUGGCUUAUUUCAUUUUGAUGUUAAUCUUUGAAGAAAAUAGUGAAAUAUCCAUUGUAUAUUUAUAUAACGUGAGUCCGCACUGACCAACACACUUAUAUUGCUGGAUGGCACACUAUAGUCAGAGAUGCCACCUCUUGCUGUUGAAGAAUCUCCUUUCACAAUAUGAAUUUAAAAAACUUAAAGCAUAUUCUUUGCAAUAAAGCAAGUAGUAUUGUUCAAAAAUCGUUAAAUUUCCAUGAUCGGUAUUUUGAAAAGAGGUUUGUCUGGUCAUAUGUUAAAUAAUAUUAUUUCGCAUUGCAACGUUAAAUUUGAAAGAAGCGAGCUUGUAGACAGAUGCUACAUCAAAUGGAAUUUGAGUGUGUAAUGUUAUUUGUAAAAAAUAUUUAUAGCAGACUAAACUUAUUAUUUAAA